AAAUAUAUGCUGGUAGCAGGUAACACAGCACAUGGUGUGUAUCGAAGAAAACCUGACAUUGAGAUAUUCAUUGAUGUUAGUGAUGUUGUGGAACUCAAGGAAUUUACCAUUGAUUCAGAGAUAACAAUUGGUGGAAAUAUGACUCUAACUGAAGUUAUGGAGCUAUUUUAUGAUGUUUCAAAAUCAGACAAAAAUUUCAGUUACACCAAAAUGCUUGCAGACCACAUAGACUUGGUGGCAAAUGUUUCAGUUAGAAAUGCAGGAACAGUUGCAGGAAAUCUGUCAAUUAAACACAUGUAUCAAGAGUUUCCAUCUGAUAUUUUUCUCAUUCUGGAAGCUGCAGAUGCUAGGAUCAAUAUAGCAUAUAAUGGGAACAAAAAAGUCAGUAGUGUAAGUGUAGUUGAUUAUUUGAAAAUUGACAUGAACCACAAAAUUAUUAAAAACAUAACAUUGCCAUCCUAUGAUGACAGUUACUAUUUCAAGACGUACAAGAUCAUGCCAAGAGCACAAAAUUCUCAUGCCUAUGUAAAUGCUGGGUUCCUAUUCAAACUGGACGUGAAUGAUGUGGGAAAAGUUAUAUGCAAACCAAGAAUAGUAUUUGGCGGUAUCCAUUGUGAUCUGAUACAUGCCACAGAGUUAGAACAGUACCUCAAAGGUGAAAAUAUAUAUGAAUCAAGUACAAUUCAGCAGGCUCUCAGAAUUCUGGAUUCUGAAAUACAGCCUGAAAAAAUGCCACCUGAAGCGUCGCCUGAGUACCGUAAAGGUUUGGCAGUAGCAUUAUUCUACAAGUUUGUGUUGAGCAUAUCCCCUGAGAGUUUGAAACCAAACCUGAGAAGUGGGGGUGAAAUGUUAAAGAGACCACUUUCUUCAGGAAAACAGGUAUAUGACACAAAGAAGCAGUUGUGGCCACUAGGAAAACCAGUAUCAAAACUUGAAGCUCUUUUCCAGUGCUCUGGAGAAGCAAUAUAUGUAAAUGAUAUGCCUACCAUGCCAGGUGAACUAUAUUGUGCCUUUGUUGUUACAUCUAUUGCAAAUGGUCACAUAAGAGGCACAGAUCCCAGUGAUGCUUUGGCUGUGCCUGGAGUGGUAGCGUAUUAUGAUGCAAAAGAUAUUCCAGGAAAGAACAACUUUUACCCAAAAACUUUGACCAGCUUUACUGAUGAGGAGAUAUUUUGCUCUGGAAAUGUAAAGUACAAUGGACAGCCAGUAGGGGUGAUUGUGGCAGAGUCACAUGUGAUUGCAGAUGAAGCUGCCAAAUUGGUGAAAAUAAAUUAUGAUGUUGUAAAUGAACCCAUCAUUCACUUGAGAGAUGCCCUUAAAUCUGGAGAUAAACGCAGAGUUAUGGUGAUAGGUGAAAUUAAGCCGACUGACACUGGAAGUUCAGGGCAUCCAUGUCAACCAAUUGUCACACAUACAUACUGGUUCUUAAUUAUUGUACAAAGUUGCACAGCAAGUGGCCAUACACCCCCUUCUAGUAGUUUUAGCAUUCUAUUGUUAACUGGUUAUGGAGUUGCUUUUGACUAUUGCACAUCUGAGUUCUUGGGUAGUUUCUACUUCCAUAAUCUAUCUCUUUCUAUAUCAGCAGCUAAUACUAUGGGUGCAGUAAUUUGUUCAGACAGCCACAGACCCAAAGCCAUACUGACAGGUGUACGAGUUCUGUUUAAUGUGACAAAAUCAGCCUGUGAUAGUUUGCUUCAUAUUUGUGUAGUUGUGAAAGCAACAUACAACAAUAUUGAAAAUAUCUUCAAACCAUAUCACAACUCAACAAAACUAAGAGUUUCUGUAAUUUCAAGUGACAUCCUUCUAAAGAAUAUGAAUAUAUGUAUCAAUAUAUAUAAAAAACAAAGAUGCUUGAAUUCAUUUCUUACUCCAUUACUUUCAUCCAUUCUUCAAAAUUUUCUGACUUCACUGAUUAUAUGUCAUUUCUUGGCAUCUCACAAAGAAGCAUCAUUCUUGGAUAUUUUUGAUAUAGCUGCUCCAGACUCUAAUCUACUGUUUUGUGAUGCGAUAAAGCUAAUAUUUAAAAUUGUUCAGGAAAUCUCAGUGGUGGGCAUUGGUGCAGUCUGUGUAAAUAAUUCUCAAUGCUUAAAGAACAUACAGAAGAGUGAGCAAUUGUCAUCAAGUCUCGAAAAACUUGUAAAAUUGUUAAAAAAUAAAAUAAUUUUCUUGAAAUGGAAGUUCCUUCAUAACCGCAAAAACAUUUAUCUAUUAUUAGAAGUAUUUUUGAGUUUAGCAUUUGAAACUUGUUUUUAUGAGCACACAUCAGCUGUUCAGUGGUGGCUAAUGGUUGUUGUGUGUGUUGCUUGUGUUUGUGUAGAGGGUUUCUACGAACCUGCACAACCUUCCACAAGUCAAGGUGAGUCAGUUGUGAGCUGGAAGAAGAGGGGUCGCCCAUCUAAACUGCUGCCAGUUUCUUCCGAAGAAGGAAAAAGAAGAAAGAAAAAUCAAAUUUCAGAGUCAAGUCAUGAAGAGUUGCAUGAUGACGAAUUGUUGAAAAACCUAAGUGGGUGUGAUGACAGUGAAGAAGAAGACAUGAAGUUUUCUCCAAAGAAAGGUGUAGAGUAUUAUGCAGGACAUGUUGUCACUUAUGAUAAAAUUACAUUUCUGAGGAAAUGGCAUUCCAUGGUGGAAUCAGAUGAGGUUUCUUUGUGUGACAUGUUGUUCCCGAUGUGUCACGUUUUGAGAAAGAUGAUAUUUGUAGGAUUCCAGCUGAUCCUAAGAAAUGAUUAUAAAAUUUUUGAAGUAACCCCACUUUAUGAAAGAAAAAAUGCAAAACAUGUCAUUAAAGGCAGCUUCGACAUUGGCAAACAGUAUCAUUACACAAUGGAAACCCAAUGUGCUGUUUGCAUUCCAACAGAAGAUGGUAUGGAUGUUUACGCUGCAACACAGUGGAUGGAUGCAACGCAGACUGCAAUAUCACAAGCUCUUAAAAUGCCAGAAAACAGGAUAAAUGUUCAGGUAAAAAGACUUGGUGGAGCCUAUGGUGCUAAAGUGUCACGUAACAUGUUGGUCAGUACAGCCUGUGCACUAGCAGCACAUCUUCAGAACAGGCCAGUUCGUUUCAUUCUUCCCCUUGAAAGGAACAUGGAAUCAAUAGGCAAAAGACAUGACUGUGCUAUGGACUAUGAAGUUGGUGUGGAAGAUGAUGGAACCAUAAUGUAUUUGGAAGCAAACACAUACCAUAACAUUGGGGAUUCACUCAAUGAUCAUCCUGUACUUUUUACUCUAGCUAACCUGCCAAACUGCUAUGACACAAGUACAUGGAAAGUGACAGCUAGUGUUGUCUUUACGGAUAUACCAAGCAACACCUGGUGUAGAGCUCCAGGUACUACUGAAGGUAUUGCAUUCACUGAAAACAUUAUGGAGCAUAUUGCAAAAGUACUUGGAAAAGAUGCUAUUGAGGUGAAGUUAAAGAACCUGCCCAAAAAUGAUACAAACAUUGCUGAUAUGGUCCCUUACUGGAAGAAUAAAUCUGAUUAUCCUAAUAGAGUAUUGGCAAUUCAAGACUUUAACAAGAAGAACCGCUGGAGGAAAAGAGGAAUUUCAAUUGUCCCUAUGAAAUACAGAUUUGAUUAUUUAGGUAAUUUUCAUGCAAUUGUAUCAGUUUAUGCUAGUGAUGGAACAGUCUCAGUAUCACAUGGAGGAAUUGAAUGUGGACAAGGAAUAAAUACCAAGGUUGCUCAGGUUUGUGCCCAUGCUCUUGGAGUGCCACUACAGUUUGUGAGUGUAAAGCCUAGCAACGUUUUGACAUCUCCUAACAACAUGGUCACUGGUGGAAGCAUUGCAAGUGAAUCUUGUGUAUAUGCUACACUGCGUGCUUGUGAGGAACUUUCAAGGCGUUUGGCUCCUGUGAGAGAAAAACUCAAAGACCCCUCUUGGCAGGAGCUUAUUGCUGCAGCAUUUUUAGCAAAUGUCAAUCUCUGUUCAUCAUUUAUGAUGUAUGUAUCUGACAAGUUUGUAUUGUACUACAUUUAUGGAGUAACUGUGGCUGAAGUGGAAGUUGAUAUCCUAACAGGACAGCACCAGAUACUACGUGUAGAUAUACUGGAAGAUGCUGGAGAAAGCCUCAGCCCAGAGAUUGAUGUAGGCCAAGUAGAAGGAGCCUUUGUAAUGGGUCUUGGCUACUGGUUAAAGGAAUUCAUGGUUUAUGAUGAUAAUACUGGGAAGGCAUUGACAAACAGAACCUGGAACUACAAACCUCCUGGAGCCAAAGAUAUCCCUAUUGACUUCAGAAUAGAGCUGAGAAAAAAUGCUCCUAAUCCUGUCGGAGUUCUUCGUUCGAAAGCAACUGGUGAACCACCCUUCUGCAUGAGUAUUAGUGCUUUAUUUGCAAUACGGGAAGCAGUACUGGCAGCUAGACAAGAUUCUGGGUACUCUGCAAAAUGGUUUGAGAUGAAUCCUCCUGCUACUCCAGAAAAAGUUUUCCUUACCAGCUUGACAAACUACAACCAGUUUGAACUUUAAAAAAUCGGAGUGUUAAUGAUGUUUUUGUUGUGCAUAUAUACAUCCACAAAUUAACAAUAAUCAGUAACUGAAUAAGCUUUUGAAUACAGAAGCUUCCAGUUCAUUAACACAAUAACACUGGAGAGGGAGCAGAGUCUUAGUCUUACAGUAAGAACACUCCUCUUAAUAAUAUGAGGCAUAUUGAAAAAGUAAGAUCCAUUUGACCAUAAAGAAAUAUAUACUCAUUAUAGGAAGUUUUUGUUGUAGGUUUUAGUUCCCAGUAAACCUACUUCACUUUUACAAAUAAUUGCCAUUCGUUUGCAAGCACUUUUUGUAAUGUAGCUCUAAGUUUUUCAACCCUUCUGCAUAGAACUUCUCCAUCUAGGAAUUGAACUAAUUGAAAAUGGUGUUCUUUAGUUCCUCAUUGUCUUCAGACCUUCCCCACUAAGACAUGUGCAAGAAAUGUUGCUGAUAGCAUGGAGGUGUAGGAAGAAUGCUCAGAAAGUUGCCAAUGGAAAUGUUUCUUUAAACCACUCAUUUUAGAUGGUAUGUGAGCAUUUUGCAUUACAAAUCAGCUCUGUCUAGCUGGUUUAGUGGAAUACAUACAAUCCCAAUUGAAACUAGUGUCAGGUAAGAAGCAGUUUUACUGAAUUCUGAGAAUUAUGAGACUUGUAAACUUUAUAAAAUUUGAGAACGAAGUUUCUCACAAUAACAUUAGAGGGUAUGCAGCAUUCUUUGCCAGUUGGUCAGCCUUCUCAUUUCCCAUAGUCCCAGCAUAUAUUGUCAUUCAUACAAAUGAGACUACUGUACUAUCUGAUUGUAAUUUGAUAUAGUAGCAACUUUGUGGUAUGGCAAAUAGCAGCUUCCUUUAUUCUUACCUAUUGAUGUUAGUACUUAUUGGUUUAUCAGAAUAAUCUGUAUUAAUAUAUAAGACCAGUAACUGGCUGAUUUUUCUCACUGUUUCUCACAGUAGGCUAGCAGUAAUGAAUUUUGAAUGUGAUUCUGAAGCUUGAUUAGUGCUGAAAAUGCCUUUACUAGUGGUCACAUUGAUUUCUGGAUCCAUUAUCGGCUUGUGUGGAAACUUACUUUAAGACUGUACAUUUUUAUUUAUCAGGUUAUUCCCAAAGUAUUAAUGGUGUUUAAGAAUAACUUUCAUUGAGAAGGUGCCUCUACUCUUUCAGUUAAUAUUGUGCUCAUCAGAGUGACUCCUGAGGUUUUUUUGCCUGUGACAUAUUGAAGGUAUGAACUGUACAAGGAACAUAAUGUUGUUCUAUUUAGACUUGUUAACUUAUUGGCUUCGGAGGAGGGCUGGAUAUGUUGGGGGCAUUCUGCUGUAAGAAACAGCUCUGGGAAUUUUCUGCAUUUCUAGCAAAUAAUUUUUUGUAUGUCACUGCACAUUUUGCAUCGAUAUAUACAUAAAACUGAACCUGCAACUCCUGCCUGAGACUGUUUAUUACUAACACUCUGUUUUACGAACAGUUUAUUUAAAUUAUUAAAAAUCUUUAAAAGUCUUAGGUGUCACUCAGAAAAUUUUGAUUAAAUAUUUUUCUCUGUUCUCCAUGAGUUCAGUCAGUUGUUGCUGUGAUGUGUUUCCUUUUCUACUAUUGUAAUUUCUGUGUUACAUGGAAGGAACAUAUGCACCAGCAAACAAAUCUUACUUGCACAUCUUCAAACAUUUAGCAAAUAGUAGACAGCUUCUUUCAAUGUAUCACUUUUCCAUAGGCGGAAAUACAUUUCUCUCUGUUACUGAAAAGUUUGUUCUUCAGCUCAUUCCAUCCACAAAUAUUCCUUUUUAUUUUCUUAGGUUUCUUCCAACUAUUACCACCAUUCUUUACAUCAGUUCAAAACUAACUUGUGAUGAGUUACAAUAAUUAUAGUUGUUCCUUUUCAACACAAAAAAUCAAAUUACAGUACCAACUUUGCUCCUACUGGCACCUACGAUUCUUGAAGCCAUUUUAGUGGAUUUCUCUCACAGUAAAACAAUUAAUGAAUCAAAAUAAUGACUUCUGUGGAUUUAUAAGCAAUCAGUAAUUUGUGCUGCUUUCAUCUAACUUUGUUCUGGGCUGCCAACAUUUAAAUAUAAGUAAACCAUACUUACUUUUCAAAUAUGCUUCAUAUUAUAAAGAAUGAAUGUAGUGUAGGUAAUGUAAACUGAGCAGAACAAAAUGAUCAUUUCUGAAAAUGACAGAGAAGUAUGUCCAUCUGCACAUUUAAAGUUUAGGUUUUAUGGUACCUCUGGAUCAAGAACAGAUUUGAUGCUAAUAAAAAAAUAUGAAAGUUAGGUGUCUCACUUAAUGUUAUCUACUCAGCAUAAUUUAUUCAUAA